AUGGAAAUCGGCAUUGUUGAAUACGUCGAUCAAUCCCCCGAUCUUUUUAACGUUCAGUUCCACGGAGAGUGUAUCAGAACCUUGGUCACCUAUGAAGCCAGAAAGGUCGAUGAGUGGAUCUCUGAGGUGGAGGCCAUCCAUCGCCACCGUCUGAACCACCUGAUCGUCGGCCUCGACGUAGAGUGGCGCCCCAAUUUCUCCAAAGGGCAGCAGAACCCGGUUUCGACUCUCCAGCUCUGCGUGGGGCGCCGCUGCCUCGUCUUCCAACUCCUCUACUGCAGCCGCAUCCCGGACAAGCUCGUAAGCUUCCUCGCGAACCCCGGCUACACCUUCGUCGGGGUCGCGAUCGACGGCGACGUGGAGAAGCUGGUGGAAGACUACGAUCUGAGUGUGAGGAAGGCCGUGGAUUUGCGUGCCCUAGCUGUGCGGCACUCCAACGAUUCGUCUCUGAAGAAUGUUGGAUUGAAGGAUCUGGUGAGGAUUUAUCUGGGGGCGGAGAUGGAGAAGCCGAAACGGGUGACGAUGGGGAAGUGGGAUAAAGAGGUUCUAACCACAGAGCAGAUUCAGUAUGCGUGCAUUGAUGCUUUUGUGUGCUUUGAAAUUGGCAGGAUUUUGAAUGCUUCUUCUGCUCAUUAG